AUGCUUAGUCAAGUCAUGGAUGUCAACCUGAGCGAGGCCACAAGAAGCCACAGGCUCAUAGAGGUCAUUUUGAAUUCACCUGGCCGUAACACGGACCGUAAUGCGUUCGCAAGACUAGUUUCGCCAGGUCGAGGAAAUAACUUUCUUAUUACUUGCAUUCUUACAGCUGCGGUGAAGGAGCCCGGGGGGCAGGGUGUGGGGUGUGUGGGGGCGGCCGCUCGUCCUCGUCGACACUCGACAGCAGCCCGCAGCCCGCCGCCCGGCGCCGUUUCCCACCUGACGCGUUGCCACAUCUCCGAGCGGCGGCCGGCGCGCGCCUGGUCGCUGCUCGCUUGUAGCUCGCACCCGUCGCCGUCUCCCUCUACGCUCCGCCUAUCUCAGCGCGAUACCGAUUACAGAUUUCUCGUCCUGCCUGAUAACCGCCUAAUUAUUAAUGCGACGUUUGCGGACACGGAUCCUCUUGUAUGA